UAAUGGAAAAAGAAAGUAAUUCCUGUUUUUCUGGAUUUUCCACUUCAGAUGAUGGUCAGAAAGUUGUAAUCAUGCUUAAUGGAACUCGAAAUUCCGGUGUUUACAGAAAAAUAUCAAAACCACCUUCAUCAACACGUGUUAGUUCCACUAGUAUAUCAAUUAAGCAUAACCCGGCACUUAGGAGUUUUCAUGAAGUAAAAGGCGAUCCGAUAGUGAUUAAACAUGAAACUAUAUCGGGUAAUCACACCACACACGUUCAAAAAUCUACACAUCGAGUAGAACAUACACAUAGGCCACGUCAAUUUACAAAUCAGGCAUCUCAAUCGUCGUGUAAAAUAAAUUCAUCUGUUGCCGAUUGUCAACCUCAAACAAUGAAUAGUGAAAGUGUACCUACCUCUUCAAAAUCAACAUUUGGUGAUAAAAAAAGUCGUCAAUUAGCGAUCAAGUCUAAGGCGAGUAAAAAUUCACACAAACGAGAUGAGGAUGCUGAUGUUUUUUCGGAUGAUGAGUUUGAUGAAAAAAAAGCAGAUCAAAGUUUACUUAAACUU